CGACGUGUUGAUGUGCUUCUUCGACCAGCGCCGUUUCGCAUGCGGAGACUGGAAAUGGGGACAUUUUCGGCAGCACUGUGCGAAGGAGUACAGGACUGGAGAAACGUGUGGGAUGAGGUUGAUCAUGCAGACAGUUUCAGUAGCCCAAAAGUGCAAGCUUUGCGAGAAGAUUGACACCAAGAUGAGGCGGCGAGCGGCCGAGCUGGAGAGGAUCAAGAGAUGGCAGCAAGAAGGUGCGAAGUUCAGAGCUUCUAUCGAUAGAUCCUUGGAUGUUAUUCGAGGACUCGACAGCGAAAUAUACGAAUUGAGUUGUGAACGUAAUAGAAGGCUGCAGGGCUUAUCAACGACGUAA